CAAGGGGUCGUCGUCGUCUCUCCUCCUUCCUGUCCUGCACUCUUCCUUCCUCGGUGAGAAACUGCCCUUUGUAUGCUUCUCCAUCCUCGGAGCAAUGGAGGGGUUGCAAGAUUACUGAAAGUUGCAAUGCGGAGGCUGAAAAGAGAAGCUCAGGCGGCGCCACCAGGAACAAAGAUGGCGGAAUGCGACCUGCUGGGACCGAGGCCAAGAGAGAACCAGACCGAAAGAGACUCCCGUGCGUUCAAAGCGAUUCUGACGGGAGCAGCUCCACCCCAGAGCAAACAGGAACUGGGCGCAGAGCGACAACAGUGCCAGGAGAAGGGCCUGAAGCCAGCGCAGUCUCCUUACUCUGUGUGGAGACCGUCGCGGCUGUUCGAACCCAUCUCGAAAGAGGACAUGAAGGAAUUUAAGGCUUCUUUUCAUACAGUAAAGGACGCCAGCUGGUUGCCCAGAGGCGAGUGCGGAAUGGGGACGCGCACCUUUCCGGCCCUGAGCGGGAGAACGCACGAGGCCUACGAAAGCUUGGCACGUUCCGGGCCGUCGAAAGGUCAGAUCCCGGAUGGGGCCGCCGCCGCCGACCGCUUGGAGAUCAAGCGCCAGCACUUCCGCCAUUUCUGCUACCAGGAGAUCGAGGGGCCCCGAGCGAUCCUGAGCGAAUUGCGGGAGCUCUGCCGGCAGUGGCUGGUGCCGGAGAGACACACCAAGGAGCAGAUUGUGGACUUGGUGAUCCUGGAGCAGUUCCUGACCAUCCUACCCCUGGAGAUGCAGAUCUGGGUUUGCAAGAGCGGCCCGGCCACGUGUGCCCAGGCCCUUAGCCUGGCCGAAAGCUUCCUCCAGAGGCUGCAAGAGGCCGAGAGCCAUGAAGAGAAGGCAUCUGGACUUGCGGAGGAGGCAUUUGUUAAUUCCCCCGCGUCGGAGCAAGAUCCAUCAGAUGCCGUGGAGAGCUGCAUCUCCUCGGAAGCUGAGGAGGAAGAGGAAGAAGAGGAGGAGGCGGCCAACUUGCUGGAAGACAGAGAACAGGUGCAGGGGAAUACAGAGAAGGCGGCGCUUCUGCUGGAAAUACCGGGCCCUACGGAAUGGGGAAUAUCCCUUCCAAGAACCCCAGGGAAAGGUUUCCAAGGCCCUGAGGCAGAAGAGGUAUUUGGAAACCGCCAGGGAAACUCUCCAGGGCAGGCUGCGAAAGGAUUGUCUCGUUCUGCCGAAAGCAGCAAAGGUUUGUGCAAAAGGAGCUUCCAAGAUGGAGUCCUCGGGCAGAAGAAGAGGAGGAAGACGGGCGCCGAAAACGGCCUCCCUCAGAACUUUGGCUCCCUCAAGAACCGGAAAGUGCAAACGGCGGAUAAGCCGCCGCGGCGCACGCUGCGCGGGGAGCGCUUCCACAAGAGGCUGUGUCCCGGCGGAGAGCAGCCGUGCAAACCUCCGCCGCGUGGGAGUGACUUGCCCAGCCGCGGCGCCACGCUGAGGCGCGACAAAGCCUCGCCCGAGAGCCACGAGGGGAGCUGCCGGUGCAAGGCCAAAAAGAGAGGCGACGAGUGCGGACAGUUCCUCCACCUCAGCUCCGACCGCUGGAGGACGCAGAAGGGAGAAAAGCUGUCCAAAGGGGCGGCUUGCGGGGAGCGGGUCUCGUGGGGUUCCGCCCUGCCGGGCCUCGAGGAGGCCGACCACGGGGGCAAACCCCACCAGUGCUUCGAGUGCGGCAAACGCUUCAGCCAGAAAGGCAACCUCAACAUCCACAAGAAGACCCACACGGGGGAGAAGCCGUACCCGUGCUCCGAGUGCGGGAAGCGCUUCGUGACGAACUCUCGGCUGCUCACGCACAAGCGGGUGCACACGGGCGAGAAGCCGUACAACUGUUCGUACUGCGGCAACAACUUCAGCCAGCUGGCGCACCUGGUCCAGCACCAGAGGAGGCACACGGGCGAGAAGCCCUACAGCUGCUCCUACUGCGGCAAGAGCUUCAGCGUCAAGGCCAACCUCAUCACGCACCAGCGCACCCACACGGGGGAGAAGCCGUACGAGUGCUCCGAGUGCCCGAAACGGUUCGUCUCGAGCUCUGACCUCAAAAAACACAAAAGGGUACACUUGGGGCAGCUGUACACAAGAGGCCGCAGAAGCUGCAGAAGGGGAGGUGUGACAAGAGGAGGAAACACCUCCCUGUUCUCUCUCUCCCCUCCCUCAUUUUUGUUGAGAAACGUGGAGGGAUAUAGCUUUGGGAGGCUGCAGGAGGAUUCCUCGGGAGGUGCAUUGCAAAGGCUGCCAGCAGCAGUCCCACAAGUGCAGCUCGGAAGCAAAAUGGCGGAAUGGGAGCCCUCAGGCCCCGGACCAGAGGAGCAGGGGCCCGAGGUGGGAGGCAGAGACCUUCACGUGGCCCGAGCCGGGGAGUUUCUAACUGCAGAAGGCCUGCCGCAAAUUAAGCAGGAGCCAGCAGAGGAGCCACAGCAGUGCUGGGAAUCUCAGUGGCAAGAAUUCCUGAAGAAAGUGGAGUCACCCCACCAAAGGAGGGACGGCUCACCGCAGCCUGAGCCAGAGGCCGAUACAAAGGAAUUCCAGGCCUCCUUGAAGGGCGAAGCUGAGGCAAGCCGGCGGGUUAGAGGAGAACCUGCCACCCGCGCCCAUCCUGACAUCUGCGGAGAAGGCCGGGAGGCCUACGAAAACCUGGAUGCUCAUGUGAAAGUGAAGGAAGAGAUGCUGGACGAGGAACCGGUUGACUUGGAGGGGCAGCGGCACUGGUACUUCCGUCAGUUCUGCUACCAGGGUGCUGAUGGGCCAGACGAGACCUCAGGGCCCCUGGGCGAGGAGAUCGUAAAAUCCCCCAAAUCGGAGGAAGAGGAUUCGUUGGACAUUGUGAAAUUACAGCUCCCUCUGGAAGUCAAGCAGGAGAGUGACUGGGAGGCUGGCUCACUGGAAUGUGAUGAGCAAAUGCUGAAGAAUGAGGAGGAGACCUUUGAGCUGGAAAGGCCAGGGGAAACAGGCAUCUGCGAGGUGCCAUUGGAAGGAGCUGAAGAGACACGUUUCUGGGGUCCUGAGGUGGACCUGAAGCCUGGAAGUCCACAGGGACCAGAAUGGCAUCCAGGGAAGAGAGCAAAGCAAGGCUUCCUGUGUGAGGAAAGUGACCAAAACCUUCCAGAGUCCUUCCAGUGUAGGAAAAAGACAGGAGCCAGCAGCGGACAGAGAUGGCAUCAGGCCAUUGACUUUCCAGAGAGUCAGCAGAUGCGAAUGAAUGAUAAACUGCACAAAUUCACACACUGUGGGAAAAUGUCAACCAGCAAAGCGUCCCUUCUUCCACCCGAAAGGACCCCCCCAGGAGGGAAAACGUACAUCUGCUCCGAGUGCGGGAAGAGUUUUGGUUGGAGAACAAAUCUCGUUAAGCACAAGAGAAUCCACACGGGGGAGAAGCCGUACCAGUGUCCUAACUGUGGGAAAAACUUCAACGCGAAAUCCACCCUUGUGAAGCACGAGAGGUCCCACACCGGAGAGAAGCCAUACGGAUGCACUGAGUGUGGGAAAGCCUUUGGGGAAAAGGGGAUCCUCGUGAAGCACCUGCGGAUCCAUACGGGAGAGAAGCCGCACAAAUGUUCAGACUGCGGCAAAAGCUUCAUCGAGAGGGGCGCUCUGAUUAAACACGAGAGGACCCACACGGGGGAGAAGCCGUACGGGUGCUCCGAGUGCGGGAAGACCUUCCGGAUCAGCUGUCACCUUAAGCUCCACAAAAGGACACACACGGGAGAGAAGCCGCACAAAUGUUCGGACUGCGGCAAAAGCUUCAGUGAGAGGGCCUCCCUUGUGAAGCACGAGAGGACCCACACGGGGGAGAAGCCCUACGAGUGCUCCGAGUGUGGGAAGAGCUUCCGGAUCAGCUUCCAGCUUGUGAUUCAUAAAAGGACGCACACGGGGGAGAAGCCGCACGAGUGCUCGGACUGCGGCAACAGCUUCCGGGAGAUUGCAUCCCUUAUUAAACACAAAAGGACGCACACGGGGGAGAAGCCCUACGAGUGCUCCGAGUGCGGGAAGAGCUUCCGGACCAGCUUCCAGCUGAAGACGCACAGGAGGACGCACACGGGGGAGAAGCCAUAUCAGUGCAUGGACUGCGGGCAGAAUUUCAGCCAGAGGUCGCGCCUGGUGAUACACGAGCGGACCCAUACUGGAGAGCGGCCCUACGGCUGCUCCGAGUGUGGGAAAAGCUUCGUGUCCAGCUCCCACCUGAGGAAACAUGCCGUCGUGCACACGGGAGAGAAGCCGCACAAGUGCUCCUACUGUGAGAAGGGCUUCAGUAAGAAAUCCAACCUCGUUGUACAUGAGAGGAUCCAUACCGGAGAGAAGCCAUACGAAUGCUCGGUGUGCAAGAAAAGAUUCUGUAGCUCCUCUGUUUUUCACAGACACAUGAAAAUCCACCCGGGAGAGACGUCUUAGGGGUAUCCGGGUGCAAAGGCCCUGACAUGAAAACCCAGAGAUGGGGGAGAAACUCCCGGUAAUAUAAUUACAGUGGGGUUGAUAGUGUGGAAAGAGAAGUGGGCAUCAAUGGGUUUGUAAUAUAUUGACAUUUAUUAAAACAUUUGAUAGGGAAGGGUUGUUGCUCAGUAGCAGAGCACAUACGCCCCAUAUCGAAGGUCCCAGAUUCAAUCUCCAGCAUUUCCAGAUUGCUAGGAAAGACUCCAGUCGUCAGAACUGAGCUACAUGGAUCGAUGGUCUAAUUCUGUACAAGGAAGAGUUUCUUAUGUACAUUAUGUCAUUUCCCCCCAUUACAGAAUAAACAGGUAUGUUUC